CUGAUUUUUUUCCUUUGAGUUUGAGUAUUUUUUUUUUUUUUUUUCACAACAAUGGGUCGGUCAUCAUCCGUCCGCGGAACGAGCCGGUCUGCGUCGUCCCUCGCCGCACUGACCGAGGACGCCGCCGAUGCCGCCUCAUCCGCUUCAUACCAGCAGCAUCAGCAACACUACUUUGGCACCAGCGAGCUCAGCCCGCCCCAGCGACAGGCGGUUGGCGGCUACGGAGGCAGCCAGCCAGCACUCGUUGCAGCGACGCCAAACGUCUCGCCGUCGAGCCCCUUCCGCCCGCGCGCCAUGACGCUGCCCAGCAUGCCGCACCAGCCGAUCGUGCUUGGCGCUACACACGCACUGGACUAUGCGGCGGCCGCGCCAGACACCGCCGAGCAGCAGGCUGGUUUGACAGCAAGCAGCAGAGCCGGCCCCACGCAGCAAUUGUCGGCCUGGCUCGAGCGUCACCACAACCCGACCCAAGAGCGGCUGGCUCGCCUGGGCGGCGGCGACGCUUCUACCAUGCUCCUGCCCCCACCCCGCGAGGCUGACGAGACCGACGAGCUCGCCUACCUCGAGCAGGCCAACCUGUCAAUGGUGCCUGACGCCGUUGCUGCGAAUGCUGCUGACGCUGUUGCUGUUGGCACAAUGCAACUGCAGCCGUUCCUGUUCGAUGCUGCGUCCGUGGUCGUGAACAUGAAUCUCGAUGCUACUGCAAGCGGCGGCGAAGAGGACCAAGCAGGGGCCUCCGAGGCGGCCGUGUUCGGUCGAACCCCGCUGCAGCGAAGCCAAGCGCGCCGAAAUCACCCUCGACCCACGGCUGCCGCCGCCGCCGCCGGUGGUUCCGCGCCGUAUAAUGUGACCGCCAACGCAGUGGCUUCAGCGUCCUAUGCAUCACGACCAGGCGUGGACUAUUAUGGCGAGCACGAUUACGGGACCUUCUCCUCGACGAUGCACGGUGGCGGGCUUGCUGCAACCUCGUCCAAAAUUCGACCGUCUGCCGCCCCACGGCAGCGCAGGCAGGCCGUUUCGCCAAACUGCCCCUACCUCUCUCAGUUCAAGGAGCAGCAGUUCCGCAAAAUGUGCGAGGCCGGAAACUAUCUCGAGGUGCUCGAGUUGAUCAACUCUGGCGUCAACGUCAACGCGGCCGACACCAAGAAGCGCACCGCGCUGCACUUUGCCUGCUCCCGCGGUCACAAGACGGUCGUCGAGCUGCUCAUCAGCCGCGGCGUGCGUCUCAACGCCAGCGAUGUGAAUGGAAACACGGCACUACACCUUGCCAGUGUCAUGCACAAGACGGAAAUCAUUACGCUUCUGCUCAAGGCCGGAUGCGACGCCAACGCGCUGGACGCGUUCGGCAAGACUCCCAUCCACUAUGCCAAGGGGCGCAUUGCUCUGCUCCGGCGUCAGGUGAUUCAACCGGAAGAUGUGUCCAAGGCCUACAAGCAUCUGCAAGAGAUUGUCGACUUGUUGCGAGCUUACAUGGCUCGCCAGCAGCAGGAGGGAACCUCCGAGCUGGAUGAGCUUGCCGCGCAACUCGAGGGCGUCUCCACCAAGGACGACUUUGACGAGCUGUCUGAUUUGCUUGAUGGGUUUAUGACCAUGUCGCUCUCGCGCCAGGGCUUCACCACCAUGAUGGGCGAGCUGACCAUCGAGUCGGUUGUGGCCACCUCGCACGAAGGGCUCAAGAGUGCUGUCAAAGCUGGCGAGAAGCAGCAGCGCGCCGAGCUCAAGCAGCAGCAAGACCAGCUUCUCAUGAUUCAGCAACAGCAAACACAAGAACAGCAGCAGCAGCAGCAGUUUCAGUCGGACGCAUUCGGGCUCGCGCUUCAGCCAAAACCCCAGGAUUUGUCCAACAAGCUUGCGCUCGAGCUGGAGCCGCAGCAGCUCCUCUCUCCAAGCCACUCACACCCGAAUAGUGCUUUAUUUUCCCCUGUCGACAUGGCACCGUCCAUCAUCACCGUUCAGGCCAGUUUGUUGACCCCGUCGCCUUCCAGUGACUGGCAAUAAUGUUUUGAUUCUUUCCGUAUCGUCUUUCGUUUGUCUCUCUUUUUCUUUUCAAACCUCAUGUAUUCUACCACUUCUUUGCCUCGUGUACUUUUAUCCUGUCGCACUUUCUUUUGUUUGAGACACAGCACGCAUAAUAAUUUAUUGAUGCUGACAAAACGCACAUUGUUCAUGAA